AUGAGACGAAUCUCAUCCUUCAAGGAACAGUACAGGCGAGCUUCGGCGCGUGCCCCUACACCUCCGCCGCCUGUCUACGAGCCGCUGUCGCCCAUACUGCCGCCGACUGAGCCCUCAAUAGCGCACCCCGCCGGCCAUGCGAAUAUCCCAACCGCGUCGCUAUCAAGCACAAGGCAUAUCAAUGACACUCUGAACGUUGAACCCGUUCUCAGAGAGGGCGCGCGCGCGUCUGGGGAGCAGUCGUCGCCGGCGGUGACGUAUGGGCACUCGUCGCGCUCCGCACUUGCUCCGCCGCAGUAUUCUCUAGCGCAGGCAUCGCCCAUUGAGGCUCUCGCAGAUGUCGCCGUGACAAGGCAGCAUACGAGCCGGGCCUAUGUUGACUUUUCGCGCCAUGCUUCACACUCGGCGGCGUCGCCCACAACCGUCCCCUACCCGAUCGGCGAACGCGCCCCGGCACACGCUCCCUCCAGAGACCCUUCAUAUCCUUUUGAUGAGCGACCUGCGAAGAGAGCGCGCUCAGAGGUGUAUGGGUCUCCGCAGUAUGGGCAGUCUCAGUCGAGACCCGCUACGAGUCAUAACUCGGGCUGGUCCUACAGCAUCGAGCACAUGGUAGACGGCGGCAAUCGCAUGCACCAGAACGGUAGCGUACCAGAUGACCGACUUGUUGAAGCCCAGCUGCUGUUGGAUUUCUUCAAAGUCUCUACACAAACCGCGCACUCCCCGCCCUCGACAGCAAAGCGGUUAACCGUCUCACAGUCAGCCCCGGCCGAGCAACUGUCACAGCAGAUACAACACAAGCAAGAGCCUGAAAAUCCUUACGUAGCGCCACCGCUGCCUCCUUCCAACCACUACAGCCAGCCUACGCAGGUGCCCGUCGACCUGAAACACCCUUUAGAGGCACCCUCCGACGUAGCCCAGACCGCUUCGGCUGCGCAAACACAUACACCGCCUGAGGAAGCUCCAAUUACCGUUACACAACCCGAGAUGCAAGAUGCCGUUCCCACAGAAGAGCCAAAGGCAAAAAAGGGCCAGGGCUUGCCGAAAGGGAAGGGGCGCGCAUCCCGUAGCACCCCCUCGGCAAGUAGCAAACGGAAGAAGUCGACACCCAAACCGAAGAGUGCGACGUCUACAGGUACUUCUGGAGCUCCAGAUCAGCUUCAAUCGCCACUGAGCCUGCCCGCCGAUCAGUCUGCUGCAAUCCCAGCGGACAGCUCCGUUCCUACCGUAUCUCUAGCUGAACCAGCGCAAACCUCACCCUCACAAGCCCGUCGCCAUUCCUUCUCAACGUCGGCUCCAGCAUUGCCAAACGACCAACCUCUCUCGACAUCCUCGCGUGCGAAAUCGCUACCCCUCGGCGCGCAGACAGUCGUCCCUGUCCCUGUCCCUGUCGAAACAGUCGCUCAACCCGCACCCGCUCCGGUCGAACCAGAACUCAUAUGCGCCCAUUGCAAAUCGUCUGAAUCACCUACCAAAAUCGGCGACGGCGAGCAAUGGAUCGGGUGCGAUGGCUGCAAAGAGUGGUAUCACUACCCUUGCGCUGGCUUCAACAGCGAACGGGAGGUACGGGAGGUAAACAAAUUCUACUGCGAACCGUGUAGACCCAAGUUUGGUGAAACAACGAAGGUUCGUAAAUCCGUCAGAGCCCACACAACUGUUGACUACGCCGGUCUAAACGAGGGUGUUCUCAAAACAUCCGACGACAACCCGGAACACCACUACAUCGCAGCUUUCAAGAAUGGCGACAUCGAAUUCACCCCGGAGACGUUCGCGCGUAUGCCGGCGCAGCUCAUCACCGGUGACUUUCUCGAGAAGAUGAAUGGGUUCAAGGAGCCGAUCGUCAUACCUGGCGAUAUGAACACUCCCGCAGCGAUAACUGAGGAGGAUGUUGCUAUGGAGGACAUCGAUGGGCAGGUAGAUGAGCCGAAACUACGAUACGAGUACGAGACAGUCGCCGACGACGGUCAAGACAGUCUCGACAUGGUUAUACCCAAAGGCCUAACGGUUCGCCGUGUAGCGGAAUUGUACGGUCCAAACGAACCCGUACCGGUGAUUGACGUCAAAGCACAAGAAGGCGAAGGCAAGAAGUGGACUAUGGGGAAGUGGGCAGACUACUACGAGCAACAAGGAGAGAAGCCAGUGCGGAACGUCAUCAGUCUGGAGGUAUCUCGAAGUAGGCUAGGGAAGCUCAUUAGACGACCCAAAGCUGUUCGAGAUAUGGAUCUACAGGACGCCGUAUGGCGGGAGGACGACAAGUCUGCGCCUCCACCAGUGCAGUUCUACUGUCUGAUGUCUGUCGCAGACUGCUUCACCGACUUCCACAUCGACUUCGGCGGUUCAUCUGUGUACUAUCACAUUGUAAAGGGAAAGAAGGUCUUCUUCUUUAUCCCACCGACAAAGCAAAACCUCAAGAAGUACGAAGAUUGGUGUCUCUCACCGAAUCAAGGGCAUGACUGGCUUGGCAAACAAGUCAAGGAGUGCUACCGAGUGGACCUGUAUCCCGGAGAUACUAUGCUGAUUCCUUCCGGCUGGAUUCACGCGGUCUGGACUCCAGAGGACAGCCUUGUCAUCGGAGGUAACUUCCUCACCCGCAUACACUACGGCAUGCAAAUAAAGAUAUUAGAAAUCGAGAAGAACACCAAGGUGGCUCUUCAGUUUCGGUAUCCUUUCUUCCAGAAGAUUAUGUGGUUGACUGCCAUCAAAUAUCUAGAAGAGGAUCCUGUGCCUGGUCCAGUUCAGGAGCUCCUGCAGAGCGGCGAGCAGUUCAAACGGUCAACGCCUAUCUACUGCGAGCCAGACAGAUUCGGUCACAACUCACACCUCGGCGCACAGAACUAUAACAAACGAUACUACUCCAAACACGAGCUUGAAGGACUGAGCGAUCUGCUAAGCUACAUUUGGAGAACGGUUCUAAUCACCGAAGGGAAGAUCGAUGUGCCACAAAAGACCCGAAGCGCUGUUAAUAAGUCAAUCCCCAAGGGCCAUGGCGAGCCGCUCGUGCUGGCGCGACGCUUUGCGAUGUGGAUUGCAUGGAAGCGCGGGAACGAGACUAUACCACCUUGGGCUUUCUCUGAUGCUGUUCUUCCCGAAGUAAUGGAGACUACGGAAAAGAAGCUGAGUGCUGCUCAAGUUAAGAGGCUGGAGCGCGAGACGCUUCACGAAGCCUUGAGGGCAACGGCAGAGAGAUCUUCAGCCCGUAUAAAAGCCUCCGACGUGGUCCCCGAGCCUUCCCCUCCUGUCGAACUGGAGAACUACAACAACUUCGAUAUGGUUCCCGUCACGUCCGGUCCAUUGACUGGUUUUCUACGACCGUCGGCAAACAAUCCGCACAUCACCACACCGAAGACAUCUCAGCUGGGACCAAAACGUGUUGCGUGCGAUGCGUGUAGGAAACGCCGAAUCAGAUGCAAACACAAAGAUGAGCUGAUCGACACAUCGAAGCCGGGCAUGCACACCAUCGAUCUCUCAGGCUCGUAUGGCAUAUCUGUCAAACGUCGGCUUAGUGACCACUCCGUCGCAGAUAGUCUGUCAAAUGCCGCCAAUGGGCCAGUGAACGGGGGCCCAAUCAUGGCUGACGUGAACGGCGAUCCUUACGCCCUCAAAUCUGGCAGAGUCAAGGCAUGUGCUGACUGUAGAAAGAGCAAGCGUCGCUGCAUACAUGACGAAUACGGCAAUGUUGAUCCCGUCAAGGCCAACGAGAUUCCCAUUCCGCGGGGUUCUGCGUCAAAGAAGCGAAGGGUCAGUGAUGAGGACUCGGCUUCAACAGCGAAACGGAUGAGACACGAGUCUUCAUACGACGACGAAUACAUGAAUGGAGACAUGCACGCACGACAUUCCCUGCCGAAUCAGUUCAGUAGUGGUUCGUCCUUCCUCCAGGAGAUGGCCUAUUCUGCGCAGCAAGCACUAGACCAAAGCCCUGAAAAUGAUGAUCUGGCGCCUGUUGAUCCUGCCCUCCAAUCGUACACCAACGGCGACUACAACCACAUGGACAUGACGAACUCAUACCACACCAAUGGCGAUACUGUCAUGUCGUCAGUCGAGUAUCAACCGAUCGACCCGAUGCUUAUGGACGGAAUGGAGCUCACAGGCCAUAGUGGUGAAGUACACGGUCCCAGCGUAGAGCCGCUCACACCUGGUCCGCCACCCCACAACGAUACCUCCUCGCACGUGCAAACAAACGGCUUUACGUCAAAGUCUGGACCAGAACACCAUGCCGUCCGCCACCCCUCAUCACCUGUGUCACCCAGACACGUCUCCGCAGCAUCCCCCUCGACAAAUAACAACCACAACAGCCACCACCACACCUAUAGCCCCUACAUAACCUCUCCCCCGACAAACACUUACAACAAUUUCACUACAAACUCAGAUUUCCCUCCCCCACCGAUCACACCCACGCUCAACAACUCGUACAAAGCUCGCACACAGCACUCGUCAGGCCGCAAACCUAGUCAUACACCGUCGCGCGCUGGGCGCAACAGCAAGACGCCUAAAUCAACGCCCAGCAAACGACAAGACAACGGCACUGGCGGCAUCAAACUCGAGCAUGGCCUGAGUAUGGGGACGGGCAUGGGUAUCAGCGUAGGCAUGAAUGGUGGUAUGAAUAUGGGGAGUAUGCUCAACAUGAUUGAUCCCAACCUCGAUCAAGCGAGCUUUGAUCUCAUCAAGCAAUUGCAACAGGAGGAUUUGGGACUGCGGAGACGGAGCCGUUGA